CUCAGCUCUAGGUAUGCUGAUCUUAUAUCAUGAUGGGGGCCCGCUUUCAUCUGUUGUGUUUUUUUCUUCCACUUCCAAAAGCAUCAUCAGCAGCACUUGCAUUCAUUCUACUUAGCUGUGCUAAUUGAAUCUCUUGAGCCUUGGAAGUCAAUUUGCCUUUUCCUCUCAAAUCGUAAAUAUGCUAUUAAACCGGCCUUUUUGGGUAGCAAUAGCGCUAUGUCUGUCGUCCAAUGUCGAAGCAGCGUGCAACCAUGAUAAUUGCUUGAGAGCUUUCAUCAGAUCCUCCGCGGCCGCCUCAUCUUUCUGCGCAACCUAUACUCCAGGCUCAAGUACACCAACGCGCACGACCGGACUUCCAAGAUUUGUGUCUGCCUGUCAGGAUUCUCCAGCCAGGAUUUCAAGUGCAUGUGCUUGUCUAGCCACUCCAACACCAACUACAGCGACCAGUUCACCCACCACGAGUGUAACUGCAAAAGCUACUUGUGCCGCUACACAAUAUUGGCCCGGGUGGGAGAACAUCAAAUAUGCGUUUGUCUUCGGCGAUUCAUACUCAAGUACUGAGUUCAAUGAGACUGGUGUCCAGCCAUCGCCUACAAAUCCACUUGGAAAUCCGACAUAUCCAGGGUUUACCUCGGCCAAUGGUCCUAAUUGGGUUGACUUCCUUACCACGAAGCACAAUGCAUCUCUUCUUUUGACCUAUGAUAUUGCAUGGUCAGGAGCAACCAUGGAUUCUGCUCUUGUUGCACCAUAUAUACCAACUGUAUCAUCUAUCGCCGAGCAAGUUGAAAACUUAUGGUUCCCAAAUUAUGCUUCAAAGCCAGCCUCAGCUCCGUGGUCUUCGGACGAUACUCUUUUUGCAGUAUUUGAUGGCAUCAAUGACGUCGGAAAUUCCUGGGCCCAAGGGGUACCAGCCACUACGACGCUCAAUGCCGAGAUCUUCAAUGUUUAUCAUGGCCUUGUCGACGAACUCUACUAUGCUGGUGCACGCAACUUUGCGUUUCUGAAUGUCCCACCUGUGGAUCGUGCCCCCUUGACCUCCGAAAAAGGCCCAGAGAGUCAGGCAGAGGAGAAGGCAGAUAUCUUGGAUUGGAAUACCUUGCUUGCCGGUAUGGCUCAAGACUUGAAAUCGAUGUUUCCGGAUAUCAAUGUCUUCGCCGUUGAUGCCAGCCUGCUUUUUACCCAAGUGUUGGACAAUCCAGCCAGCAAUCCUAUCACCGCUGGCUACCUAAAUACAACCGGGUACUGUGAUGCGUAUGCCAAUGGUACCCCAACAGAAGAUUACUUUGACCCCACGUGUGGGAUUCCAGUCAACCAGUACUUCUGGCUGAACAAUCUUCACCCAACUUACCCAAUGCAGGAUGUACUUGCACAGGGAGUGGCAGCGCAACUGGAGGCAGGGCCGAACGUCUGCUGAACCAACUUCUGGUAGCAUCAGCACGGAUGUUGAUUUCUUUUAUGUUAGGAUCACAUAUCUCAAGCUAUGGCCCUGGAAUGACCUUGUCAACCCUGCAGCGGGGGUUAAGAGGUUCACUUCUAAAGAAUCCCAUCUAUAUACAAACCAAAUAAGAAAAAGUUUACCAAC